UAGCUUAGAUUACAUAGUAAAUAUGGCCAUGAGCCAAAAUAUUUCAAAAGAGUGGAAUAAAUGUAUGAGGAGAAGUACCUACCUACCUACCUACAGGUACUAGGUGCCUACUUAGGUACCCUGGGUGCCAACCAUUAAGAAUACAGGUAUCCAUGGCAGGUGUUAAAUGACCUUAAGACACCCGCAAUACUUAAGGUACGGUACUAGGUCAACACAGCCCUGCCCCACUAUAAUUUUAUUGAUAGAAGUGUACGUCCCCUCAGUCAGUUUGUCCAGGUGUUGUUAGAAAUCUCAGUAUAAGGUAUGUCUCAUGAACGCAAAUUAGGUGCCAUAGCCCCAUAUAUUAUAAAAUACCGGUUGAAAAGGGUUAAUUCUCAAAAUUAUCAUGAUAUAGGGAUUAGGUUGACUCGGUUGACACCUGUCUUGCUUUAUCCGCCCUCCCCUCCUCGACAAAAAAAAACCCAUCAACAAUGGCCAAGAAUGAGGCAGAACCCAUUCCAUCCCCUGCUCAGGGCGUUGGUCCAAUCUACAGACCUGAUGGCGAGAAACCAACGGCAACGGUUUCAAAAGAUAUCCCUUAUGACAAUGUCCAUGUUUUACCUCAAACCCCUCAACUGAUUGCACUUCUGACUAUGAUUAGAGAUCAGAAGACUGGCCGUGCCGAUUUCAUUUUCUAUUCAAACAGAAUUAUUCGUCUGCUAGUGGAAGAAGGCUUAAAUCAUCUUCCAGUUGUUGAACACUCCGUCACGACCCCUGUUGGCCGUGCAUAUCUUGGGGUUAAAUUCGAAGGGAAAAUAUGUGGUGUGUCUAUCAUGAGAGCAGGGGAGGCGAUGGAGCAGGGUUUGAGGGACUGUUGUCGGUCAGUUCGAAUUGGAAAAAUCUUGAUACAGAGGGAUGAAGAGACAUGCAAACCCAAGCUUUUUUAUGAAAAGCUUCCAGCUGACAUUGCCAAUCGGUGGGUUCUUUUGCUUGAUCCAAUGUUUGCGACAGGAGGCUCCGCUACACUCGCUGUUGAAGUUCUGAAAGCAAAAGGUGUGCCUGAAAGCCGCAUCCUUUUCCUUAAUCUCAUUGCAAGUCCCUCCGGCGUGGCGGAUUUCGCGGAGCGCUUCCCGCAGCUCCGAGUCGUGACUGCUUUUAUUGACCAAGGCUUGGAUGAGAAAAAGUAUAUUAUUCCUGGUUUGGGUGAUUUUGGUGAUCGAUAUUAUACCCUGUAA